UGGUCGUCAGGCUACAAAAUUGACGUGGAAGUAGAUGGCGAAGAGAAAGAGUACUUCCUCAAGGUAAUUCACCGGCCAAAUCAUGCAGAGAUGGCGCUGGGUGAAUUCGAGAAGAGUCAAAAGGCCAUGUUCCAAUAUAUCCCUAACAACGUGUCGAUCCCUUUGGCGUACGGCACGUUCGAGCAUGAGCCAAAGUCCUUCUUCUUGACAAUUUUCCGGGAGCUGAGGGACAAGACGCCUGAUCCGUCGAAGCUUGUCCAUGUUCUGGAGAAAUUGCAUACACUUUCAUCGUCACCGACGGGCAAAUUUGGGUUUCACGUUUCGACUUUCAAUGGUGUGGUGCCAAUAAUAAACGAGUGGUGCGAUACCUGGGAAGAGUAUUUCAGCCGCCAGUUCCAAUCCGACAUCAGGUGGGAACAGAGCAUUCGUGGCCCAGAUAGUGACUUUGACAAAGUUUCAGAUGAAUUUUUCCAGAAAGUCGUUCCGAGGCUAUUACGACCACUUCAGACAGGAGGGAGGAGUAUCAAACCUACACUGGUGCACGGCGAUCUUUGGCAUGGCAAUGCCCAGAUCGAUAUGACGACUGAAGAGGUCAUUCUGUUUGAUUCCUGCUGCUGUUAUGCCCAUAAUGAGUUGGAACUACACAUGAUGCGAGAACCGCGCUACCGGUUUACAGGCGACUACAUCAGCAAGUACAAAGAGGUCAUGCAACCUUCGGAACCCAAGGAAGAUUUUGAUGACAGGAACUCCUUGUACGCCAUAGUCAAAGAAGAGAUGCAGCGAUUGAUUGAUAAGUACCCAACCGGCUUCGAUAGUUUC